AUGGAUUCAGAAACUGAUGACGAAUUUGAUAUCAAGGCAUAUUCGCGCCGCCGCAAUAUAACUUCUGUUUCUUCCAUCCUAAAGGAUGUUAUUCAAAAAUGCGAAAAAACCAAACCUCAGAAGAUCAAUGUGAUUGCUUUAGCAAAUCAACAUCAAGGUAACCAUCGAAGACUCUAUGAGCUUUUUAACAUAUUAACAUACUUUGGUGUUACUAAAACAGUUGGUCGCGGUAAGCUUUGUUGGGUUGGAUUCUCUUCCAUGCAUUCUCAUCUGGAAAAAACUUAUAUGACUAUCGAGGAAAGAGGACUCACUGAGUCUAUUAAUGAUAUAUUUGUAUUUAAAGAAGUUCCAUCACUUGGCCAAGUUGCAGAACUUUUCUUAUCAUUGUUUCCUUUUUUAGGAGUCACUACUUUAGAUAUCAAAAUUGUCACUCAGAUAUUCAGUAUGAAAAUACCUGACAAAAAGAGUUGCGAAAGGAAGAUAUAUUUAGCACUCUCAUUAUUGGAGACAAUUGGAUGUAUUGAACACCAUCCAAGGAGCGGUAAUUACAAAAUUUUACUUGAUAUUAAGAAGCUCUUAGAAAAAAGUCAAAAACAUAUUUUUUCAUUAGAAUCUAAAAACCCGUAUAGUAUUGCAAAUCUGCUCAAUCGUUCAUAUGCAACAUAUAUGUCAGCUCAACAUUAUGAGCGGCAGCGAGACUUUCAAUUGCUAGCAAAUAGCUACAACGCUAUUAGUUGA